CCCCUAAAACCACUCCUAGCAUUAGAAAUCAGCUCUAACUUGGGAAGAGAAAGUCACUGCAUUCAAGUACUUUAAAGCAACGUCAGCACCAUCCAUCGUCCAAAAGAUCUUUCAUCCAAAAACCCUUCGAAUCGGCAUUCGCAAUGUCUCUCAAGAACCAGAAUGUUAUCAUCACCGGUGCCUCCAUGGGCAUCGGCGCCACGAUCGCUAAACGCCUUGCCUCCGAAUCCGCCAACUUGAUCCUCUUUGCGCGCUCAGAAGACAAGCUUAAGAACAUUGCCCAAGAAUGUCAAAAGAUCCAAUCAAGCAUCAAGGUUCACACAGCCAGCGUGGACGUCAGCAAUCACGAGCCCCUGAGGAAGGCAAUAUCAAAUGCAGUUAAUGAGCUAGGCCCCAUCGAUGUCCUGAUCAACAACGCAGGUCUCGCCGUCGGUGCGCCGAACAGGUUCCCCGACCUGACAAUAGACCAGAUCACGACCAUGAGCGGCACCAACAUCAACGGAUUCAUGUUCGCUACAUACGCGGCGCUGAAUGAGGGCAAGAUGAAGGAGAGGAACAAGGGCACCAUCCUUAAUGUUACCAGUGUAACGGGUCUCGAAGUCCCUCCCUUCCCUGGCGAGGCAGUUUACCAUGCUAGCAAAGCGUUUCAGGAAGCCUUCAGCAAUGUGCUCAGGACUGAGUUAGUGGGAACAGAUAUCAAGGUGUUGGCAUUGAGGCCGGGAAUUGUUGCGACGAAUUUCCACGAGCUGCGGUAUGUCUAGGUCCUCACAUCCCAACGUCCCCUCUCACUCGUCCUAUGUAUCGAUAUUGACUAACAUCAUUCUAGCGUUGGAUACGACAAGGACGAGUACGACACCUUUAUGGAUGGGUUUGAGCCGCUUAUCGCAGAGGACAUUGCAGAAGGUGCGGUUUUCAUGCUGAACCAGAAGGAAAGGGUCAUGGUCAAGGCGCUGGAUAUCGUGCCUACGGCGCAGAGGAGUUUGCAGGUAAUUGACAAGACGUGGAAUGAGAGGAGUGGGGAUCGGAAGAAGAUGCAGAUGUAAGGGCAGGUAUUCAGCACAUGAACCCGUAAAGAAGCCAUGCAAAAUGACGAUAA